GUGGGGAUAAAAGCCCUUCCCAGCGAGAGCGGAAAUAAUAGAAAGCGAGAGGGAGAGAGAAAAGCGCUUCCCUUUCACUUCUGAUCCUUGGAGAGAAAUCCCAAGCAACCUUCCUGUUCCUGCUCUUGAUGGGCCAAACUCAGAGCGAUGCCUCCUCAUCAGAAGGAGAUCAGACAUCUCAACCUGCAACCCAACCCUCUCCAUCACCGGCGCCUUCCUUUGAAGAUCUAGUCGCAGAAGCUACAGCUUUGGGCAGCAAUGAGAACGAGUCACUAGAUAUGAAGGCACAGAGAGCACUGGAGUGCCCAUGCGUUGCAGAGUUGAGAAAGGGUCCUUGUGGGACUCAGUUCACAGAGGCUUUCGUCUGCUUUAUUAAGAGCACUGCUGAAGAGAAGGGAUCAGACUGUGUGAAACCCUUUAUUGCCUUGCAGGAUUGCAUCAAAGCAAAUCCUGAUGCAUUUUCCAAGGAUGUUUUAGGUGAAGAGGAAAGUGAAAGCGGUAAGGGGGAAGAGGAAGUCAAAGACUACAAGAUAAUACCUCCAUUGUGGUCCAGAGUACCUAAAUCAAAGAAUUGAGAUCUGAGACCUUAUCAAUUUGCGUCAAUCUUGGAGCUUGUGAACUUUAUGACUCCAUAUAUUCUUUUGCUGAUUUAAUAAGGUUUUGUUUCCAUUACCUAUUCAGGCUUCAAUUUUAGCUUGAAAAUCCCAACAUUAUAUCCUGCUUUUUACAAUUACAUCUUGAGGAGCAGUGAAAUAGAUUGAAUUUUGUUAAGCAGAUGAUUAUGAUGAAAA